AUGAGCACGCGUCCGAGAAAGGCCCAUACCAAGUCACGCAACGGCUGUGAUCAGUGCAAAAAAAGGCGCGUCAAGUGCGAUGAAAAAGGCCCACCAUGCUCAAAUUGUACAUCGCGACAGCUGGAAUGCACUUACUUGAAGAUUCCAAGAGCCCGUGAGCCAUCGGCAAGUCCUGCCAGUAGCCAGGCUCCCAGUGUAGGCCUGGCACCAGUUGUUCACCUUCCAGCGAUCAACGAAGUAAGCGGGCCGUUAAGUACUUCUGGUCAUCGGAGUUUAGAAUUGAUGCACAAGUUCUCGACGGAAACUUUCAUGAGCCUUAGUAAUGACCCGUCCGACUUUCACGUCUGGCAAAUGGUCGUACCUCGGAAAGCGUUGGAGCAUGAUUUCCUGUUAAGCGGUAUUCUGGCUGUGGCUGCUUUGCAUGCGGCUACAUCGAUCGAAUCCCCAGCGGCUUUGUCGUAUAUUGACAUGGCGCUUGAAUAUCAUAAUAUGGCGUUCGCUCCAUUCCAACGGGCGCUGGAUCAUAUUACUCCUUUUAAUUGUGAUGCUGUGUUCGCCCAUUCAAUCAUCACGACAGUAAUUGGUAUAGCUUUGCCACGACUCACAGCGACCAGGGAUGAAAGCUCGAGCAUGACGGAAAACAUUAUUGUCGUGUUUGAGCUGCUGCAGGGCGUCAAAAAUAUUGUCUGGAUUAGCGAGCCAUGGCUACACACGAAACUCUUUACCUCGCGUCGCGAAUUCUGGAAAGAGUCUGUUGCGGAAUUGGACCCCGAGACGGAAGCUGCUCUAGACAAGCUAGCCACACUAAACAACGAUACCAUGGCUACAGUCGAUCAAGAACAACAUCGCAUGAACCGCGAUGCUAUCGCUCUUCUCCAUCGGUGCUUCUUGAGGCAUGCCAAUGCGCGGGAUGCGGCUUCUGUUCUCACUUGGCUUGCCGCGGUUGACAAGGAUUUUGUCGAUUGCUUACGACGUCGCAAACCAUUUCCCUUGUUGAUUUUGACGUAUUGGGGAGUUCUUCUUGGGACACUCGAUGGGCAGAUGUGGUGGGCUCGGAACUCUGGCAAGGCGCUGGUUACGGAGUUGCUAAUCGCGUUGCAUCCUGGUGUUUUUCAGUGGGAAGGGGCGCAGUUGUGGCCGAAACAGAAAUUGGGUCUUUAA